ACUUAGAGUAAACUGUAUUGACGACCAUAAUCACAUGCUAACUGGAAAGAAGCUGUUCUUGUCUGCACCAUUUGCAUUAUGACUGAUCCAGCUAGCAUGCAACAGACUGAAGCUGGCCUAUCCCUGGCUGAACUCAAGGAGAGUCUCUUACUUUCUUAUCUGCAGAGCUCUGAGAGGGGACUUGUGUACAGUGCCAACUGGGCGGUUGAGUUGGCCAACAGUAUUGAAGUCGAUGGGGAGACCAGGUUGCCUCAGGUGCCCCACUCCCAGGCGUUUGCCGGAGAGUUUGCAAUGUUCUCCAUGGGGAAGUCCCUGUUUGACCUGAGGGAGUAUCGCAGGGCAGCUCACUGGCUCAAGAAUUGUAAAUCAGAUGAAGGGUUUUUUCUCAGAUGCUACAGUCUCUAUCUGGCUGGUGAGAAAGACAGGGAAGACAAUAUGGUGGAUGCAUUAGGACCUGAAGACCUGGCCUCCAUGCAUAACGCAGAGCUUGUCCCCUUACGCAAAGAGCUCAUCAUAAGAGCCGAGAGCAAUCCGUUGGAUGGAUUUGGAUACUACUUGCUUGGAGUUGUCUACAAGGAGAUGAAGUUACCUGAAGAAGCUCGUAAGAAUCUCAUAAAGUCGGUCCAUCUCACACCGCUGCUAUGGGCCUCCUGGUAUGAACUAGCCAAGCUGUGUGAGACUAGAGACAUGCUCUACAGUCUUGAAGUGCCCAAUCACUGGCUGAGGGAUUUCUUUUAUGCUAAAGCCUCGUUAACUCUACUCCUAUCAAACGAUGCUCUCUCAUACUACACUAAUCUGAGCACGGUAGGAUUCUCACAGAGUCCGUACAUCAACGCACAGCUGGCUCACGCCAACUACAAUCUAGAGAAUAUUGCUGAAGCAUCCUUCAUGUUUGAUGGUCUUAGGAAAGUGGACCCUUACCGACUCGACGAUUUGGACACCUACUCCAAUCUCCUCUUUGUAAUGGAGAAUCAGCCAGAACUGUCAAAACUUGCUCAAGAUGUCAUCAAAAUUGACAAGUACCGAUCUGAAACAUGCUCCGUACUUGGAAACUUUUACGGUUUACGGGGUGAUCAUGACUUGGCAAUUGUGUACUUUAGAAGAGCUGUUCGGCUGAACAAGAACGACCAUCUGGCAUGGAUUCUCCUAGGACAUGAGUAUAUAGAGAAAGCUAACUGCAAUAUGGCUAUAGAGGCAUACAGCAGAGCUCUAGAGGCAAACAAACAUGAUUUCCGUGGCUACUAUGGACUGGGGCAUACGUACGAAGUCCUCAACAUGUCUUACUUUGCUCUCUACUACUACAAGCAGGCUCAAAGACUCAGUCCCUCAGACCCUCGUGUUUUGGAGGCUCUUGGCACCUGCUACAUAGAACUGAACAAGAACUCAGAAGCAAAGAAGUGUUUAAUGCGAGCCAUUGCCAACAAGGACAAAAUAGGAACUGCCAUAAUCAAGCUAGCAAAACUGCAUGCCCAGUUAGACGAAGAUGAGGAAGCUGCUAAAUUGUACACUCGGUUUGUAGCGACAGUCGUCACUAGUGAGGCUGGCAACCAGCUGCCUGAAGAGGAGGGGCCAGCACACGUCUUCUUGGCAAAGUUUCACCUCAAGCAUGGAUCCUACAAAGAGGCUGAAGCCCACGCUCAAAAGUGCACGGAGUAUGAAUCGACUAGAGAGGAGGGCAAGUCUGUCCUGCAAGAGGCUAUUAAGUGGAGACGUCUGCUCGAGUCAGCUGGUCAGGGGAAGGAGAUGAGUCUACUGCACCCUGAUGAGGAGCUCUCACCUAUAGCAUCACACACUAAACUGCCAGAGACAUCAUCAAACUAAUAAUAUUAAACCGAUUUACUUGCGAAAAUAAUUGUUUCACACGAAAUAUCA